UAUAAAUCUCAUUUUGGAAAAAUGGACCCUUAUGACGGGUUUUGUGGUCCAGGGUCACAUAUGAUCCCUCGGCUCACUGAAGACUGGCAGUAGAUCACGAAAGAGCCAUAUUCGGCUUCAUAAGCAGCUGUUUGUAGUGCGAGAGCAUAGUUGGCAUGUAUUGCUGUUGACAAAUUUGGCCGCGCCGAGAUGAUGUGCUACUGCUAAAUCUUGAAGGGCGGGGCUUCGGAUAUACAGGGGGCGUGGUUAACGAAACCUAACUUUCAGAGCGGUCGACGCCGUCUCUGCCAAAUAAGCACCAGCAUUCAAGAUGUAGGAUCUGGGAAAAUAUAGAGUCGACUAUCCUGAAUAUUGGGUGAUUUGUCAUAUGACGUUUUAAUGCUAGAAUGAAAUGUAUAGAGAGAGAGCCAUAUAAAUCAGAUCGUUUGUUACCUCAUUAGAAAUGCUUGUACAUUGAACAUCAUUUGUAUAAAAAUAUUAUUGUACACUGUAUAGCACUCCAACUGUAAUUUUACUGUACAAACGUGUUACGUGUUGUGAAUUAGUACUGAUGGGUACAUUAUUGUUUUAUCGUUGUAUACUUUUGCAGGGUAAAUCUAAACGUCAUGGCAUCUAGAGCUAAAUCUACUACAAUCCACAAAGACACUUGAUGAGGAAAUGCUCUAGAUUUCGCUUGCUGCAGUUUAAUGAACCAUUUCAUGUUCAUUUGUUUCUUUUGGGUGCGCAGUUACUGACUGACCUGGUGUUUGUAGUUUGAAAUGAAAUAUAACGUUCAUGAAAAAGGUUUGGAAAACCUGGAAAGGAGCGUGUGUUAUUUCUGGCGCCGCCCCCCCGUCUCGUCUGAUGUACCGGAAGCGGAAGCGCUCGACGCACCGUCGUGACGUCACAACAGCAUGGCGCGCGCUCACUCGAAACAAACAGGGCGCAGACGCUGCGCAGCACGAGAAUCGCACGUUAGAGGGGCAUGGAUCUGAGCGGAGGAUCCGCGCUCGGCUUGUUCACCUGUGAGCUGUGCGAGAUGUCCAGCCCGUACAGCUUCUACGGGCAGAAGCCGCCAAACACGAGAGCGAUAGUGCUCUUGGAGGAAUGUUACGGCAUGAAGGACCCCUUCAGCCCAGAGAGAGAAAAGUUUCUUGUUUUAGGAUCCAAGUGCUGUCUGUGCAGCAAGACGGUGUGUGUGGGAAUGGACUGCAGUCUGUUCUACACCAAGCGCUUUUGUUUGCCCUGUGUGCGGGCUCACCUUCAUCAGUUUCCAGAACAGGUUCAGAACGAGGUGCUGAGGAAAAAGAGCGUCCAGAAGAUGUCCUCUUCAUGAUGCUAGAAUGAUUUAGUCAGGACACUAGUGAGCCAUCUGGCCAGACACACAAUAUGAACAGUUUGUGGUUUUUUGUUAUUAGAUUUGUACUUGUCUUGCGCAACUGGAGGCAGCAAAGCAUGUUUUGAUUAAAAUCAUUUCUGUGCUGUCAUUGAUUUUUCCUGAGUUUUAUGAUGGCGAUAAAUGCCUUGUGUUGCAUGUAGAAGCUAUAAAAGAAGUGAUUGAUGUGUAUGCUUGUCAUUGGUUGUGAUUACUUGAUGACUGAAAAGAAAAAGUGAUGAUGUAGGUGAGUCUCAAACGGUUGUUGGACUGCAAACCUGUAUGUGAGCAUGAGCAUGCAAACACUACCACACUUCCGGACCUGCCUUCUUCCAGAUCGUUCUGGCCUUAAGUUGAGCCUGAGUAAACCUGACUUGGUUGCAAAAAUCACAGGUAAGUAGUGAAGUACAAGUUCCAGCACAUGCACAGUUGGAGAUCUGUGGCUCAGUGAUCUGAGCAUUGGCAGACAAUGCCAGAGGUCCCUGGUUCAAAUCCAAACAGCUUUCCACAAUUAAUCAAUUGCAGUGGGUGGAGUUGACCAGACCGAGGAGUGAGUGGUGAGCUCAGCUGAGUGGAUUGGCAAAUAAAGUGAUCUUCCUUGCCAAAGCAAAAGAGCCAACGUCCAAGCGACCGAGGCGAACUGCUGUCCAGAGACGAGUU